AUGAAGAUGCUGAUUGUGUCUCUACUUGUUUGUGCCAUGAUGGCUCUGACCAGAGCAGCUGCAGAAGGUCUCAUCAGCAAGACAGGCCGAAGAUGCUCCUCUGGUUGGAUUGAGUUCGGAGGUCGCUGUUUCUACUAUGAGCCAACAGCCACGAGUUGGAGUGAGGCUCAGAGAAACUGUCGGGCCUUGGGUGCAAACCUGGCAUCAGCACACAGCAUUGAGGAGCUCCGAGUCAUUGAGAGGGUUAUAUUUCUUCACACUCACUGGGAUCCACCAACUUGGCUUGGAGGCUCUGAUAGCAAUGCGGAGGGUGUUUGGAGAUGGCUGGAUGGUACACCUUUCGACUUUACAUACUGGUGUCCAGGAGAACCUAAUGACAACAGCAACCAGGACUGUUUACAAACUAAUUAUCGAGGCUCUUCAGGUGACAGAUGCUGGGAUGAUAUGUGGUGUUAUGCUCAUCUCCCAUCUGUGUGUGUCAGAGGUUUGUACUGAUUCCUGGGCUGACAAAGAAGAACCUGUCAAAAGCACAAACAUUGGAGGAUGUGUGUAUGUUUGCAUACUCAUCUGUAUUUGUAUCAUCAGUUUUGUAUAUAACUUGAAGGCUCAUAUAUAAUAUCUUUAUUUCUUUUCUAUUGCUUUAUUGAUUGUCUCUAAUAAGAGGAGACUGAAUGUGUCAUAAAAAGAAUGCUUUUAGCUCCUUACCAUUUGGCGUUUUACACCUGAUAUGUGAGUUCAUGCUGUCAUUUAAGGUUUAUGCUGUUAAUUAAGAAACU